AUGGAGGCGCAGGCGCUGAAGCAGCGCGUUGACCUGGACAUCGACUUCCCCGCCCGCGCCAUCAAAGGCAGCACCGAGAUCACCGUCCAGCCCCUCGUCAAAGACCUCAAAUACGUCUACCUGCACUGCCGACAAUGCAGGCCCAAGUUCGUCCAGGCCGGCGGCAUCACCGCGAAAUGGGAGUACGAUGACCCCUACCGCCGCGCGCACAUGUCCUCCAAGUCGACGGUGCACCAGCAUGACAUGCUCAAGUCCAAGAUUGCGACCGCCUUGCGACCGUCGCCCGAGCCGCAGCUGCGCAUCGCCCUUCCGCCCAAGUUGAAGAUCCAGGAACUCCACGUCGAUCCGAUCACCUCACUGCCUCUCUAUAAUGGAACGCCGAGCAUACAAAAGCAGGAGAAUGAUGCGAUGGCGGUGGCUGAGACGCCCGUGGUGGAGAAGAUGCAGCAGCAGAUACCCCAGUUUGCGCCCAUCAAGAUUACAGUCGAGUUCGAGGUGGACAACUUGCGCGAUGGCAUACACUGGGUGGGAUGCGACAAGUACGACAAGCGAUACCCGUAUCUUUACACGAAGCUCGAGCCGUGGCCCGGGAACACCUCCAACAUCUUCCCGUGCGUGGACAGUGCGAAUUCUCGCUGUACAUGGGAGAUUGCACUUCGCCUGCCUCGCACUCUUGGGGAUGCCUUCAGGAAACCAAAUACGAUCGAGGCGCAGCCUACCGGCCAUGCAGACCAGAAUGGCGAUGUUGAGAUGGUGAACGGGAUCGACACUGUGCCUGCGAAAGACCAGGGCAAAUCUCAGUCUCAAGAGGAGUUCUUGAUUGAUCUCAGCGAGGAAGACGCGGCGCUCGAAUUGACUGCGCUGUGCGUCGGCGACGUUGUGGAUGAUGUCGCAGACACCGAUGAUGAUACCAGGCAUACCGUAACCUUCAGCCUCAACGACGCCGUCACAGCCCGUCAUGUUGGUUUCGCUGUUGGGCCGUUCGAAAGCGUGGAUCUGACUUUCUCUCGUGAAAGCGAUGACGAGACCAAGCUUGCCGGAAGUGCCGUCAAAGUCGAGGGAUUCUGCUUGCCGGGCAGGGCUGAUGAAGUACACAAUACCUGCUUUCCCGUCUGCCGAGCGGUAGAUCACAUCACAGUCAACUGCGGUCGAUUUCCGUUCCCGAGCUAUAACCUGCUCUUCGCGGACGAUCUCGUCUAUGACACUACUGCGGCUGCCGGACUCUCGAUUUGCAGUACACGCCUUCUCUUCCCAGCGGAGAUUCUAGAACCGUUGCACCGAAACACCCGCAUCUUGGUUCGAGCGGUAGCUGACCAAUGGAGCGGCGUCAACAUUAUACCCAAAGAGCCAUCGGACUACUGGGUGAUUGCCGGUAUCGCUGGCUACCUGACAGACGUCUACAUGAAGCACCUCUCGGGCAACAACCAGUAUCGAUGGGAGCAGAAGCAGGCGUCUGAAAAGGUGUAUGAGCUCGACGUUGAUCGACCCUCAAUCGCACAGCAAGGUAACCUCUUGCAUCUUGAUCCUUCAAUUGGAGAGUUCAUCAAUCUCAAGUCGGCACUGGUGCUGGGUAUACUGGAUCGCAGACUCAUCAAAUCAAGUGGUUCAACAGGUGUGAUGCGAAUCAUCAACAAGGUCCUCCUCAAUGCCAGGACUGGCUCAUUGAACAAUGGCGAGCUGUCAACCCAAGACUUUCAGCGCACUUGCGAGAAGCUUGGCCACAACAAGCUUGAGUCGUUCUUUCGGCAGUGGGUCAUGGGAGCUGGUUGUCCGAUCUUCGAUUGUAUUCAAAAGUUCAACAAGAAGAAGCUCGUCGUUGAGAUGACGCUUACGCAGCGCCAGCUUGAGCGGCGGACCAAACCGCUUUUUGAGCCCAACAAUUUCAUGCGAGAGAUCAAAGAGCACGUGCAAGAAGUCUGGGCACCGGAACCCCAAGGAGUCUUCACCGGCCCCAUGACCAUUCGUAUUCACGAAGCCGACGGCACACCUUACGAGCAUAUCGUCGAGAUUAAGGAGCACGUGACAAAACUCGAAAUUCCAUACAACACCAAGUACAAGAGGCUCAAGCGAUCCAAGCGACAGAAGGAGCGUGUCCUGGCCGAAGGCAAUAACAAUGGCGAGGACGGAGGAGAUGCUCUUGUCUACAGUUUGGGUGACACGCUCGAUGCGGAGGCAGACAUGAAAGAGUGGCAACUCAGCGACUGGUCAAAGGAAGACGAAGAGAAGAUGGGCCAAGAAAGCUACGAAUGGAUUCGAAUGGACGCCGACUUCGAGUGGAUCGGAAAAAUACAUCUUAAGAUGCCAUUAUACAUGUACAUCUCCCAGCUGCAACAGGAUAGGGACAUUGUUGCACAGUACGAGUCGAUGCGCUACCUCCUCGGCUCGAAUCCCCACCACGUAUCGCUGACCAUCUUGAUAAGAACACUGGUGGACGAGCGAUAUUUCCACGGCAUUCGAGUCAUGGCUGCCAACGGGCUCGCAAAGCUUGCAAGAGACAACCUCCUGGAAAUCGGGCAGCAUCACUUGACCAAGGCAUUUGCGGAAAUGUUUUGCGAAGAGGAUGGCAUCAUGCCGCGGCCGAAUGACUUCGAGAGCCGAGUAACGUUCAUCAUGCAAUGCGCGAUCCCUGAAGCACUUGCUCAGCUUCGAGACAAUGAGGGCAAAGUGCCCAAAGCAGUGCGGCAAUUCUUCGUGGACAAGCUGAAGUUCAACGACAACUCUGAUAACGCAUUCUCGGAUUGCCAUUAUGUCGCGACUUUGAUGCGCUGUUUGGCAGAUUCAUUGGUUGUUUCGCAUCGGAUCAUCCAGCCAGCCGCACCGACAACGUAUGAGUUCAACUUUGGCGAUGAUGAGCCCGUCGAAGAAGAAGGCCCUGAGGAGGCGUACAACCCAGAUGCGGAUUUCGAGCAGAUGGCGGUCGAUGAGAUAGAAAGAUAUCGACGCAUUGACGAAUGGGUCUUGACAUACCAGAACAUCUACUCGACGACUGCGAUCGAGUGCCUGCAGAAGCUUACCAAAGCCGGGAUUGUGAAGGACAAGACGAAAGAGCUGCUGCAGUACACCCGUCCAAGCACGGCAGACAACGUCCGUCUGGAAGCUUUCAGGUGCUUAAACGAGAUCGGCCUGACGAAGCGCAUGCCGAUGAUGAAGCAUCUGGUGUAUUCGAUUGUUGAUGACCAUUCGCCAUACUUCCGCGAGAGAUUACUUCGACAUUUUGGAGAAGCUCUCGGUCACAUUGCGUUUGGAGACGAUGCAAUCGAAGAAGCCAAACCACCUCCUCCGCCUCCAACCGAUGGCCUGGUCCUAGAGCAGGAGGUGAACAGCGAGAUCAGAAAGAUUGAAACCACGAAGAAGACCACACCUGAAGGCGCUUUGGCUGCCCUUAAGCUUGCGCUGUCGAAUGACGACACCUUCAGAAAGGCGCUGUGGUACGCAGCUACAUCGCCGGACAUAUCACUUGAUGAGGUGUCGGCUUUCUGCGAGGUGGCCGCAUUGAUCUACGAGCCUGUCACUUCGCACACAAUCAUGUUGAAGCUUCCCCGCCCGUACAGGUGUGUUCACGAAGGUCGUGGCCAGAUACGUUUCUACCAGCAGGGCAACUACCGUACCAGACCAAGCCUUGGUCUUGACAAGGACGACUACGAGGCAUUGGAAAGCUAUGAGUUGAAGUACAGUGGGCCUUUGGCGGAGGAGACGAAGCAGUUCAUCGAGAAGAAGAAUGCAGAGAAGGCGAUCAAGCUCCGCAUCCAACAGGCGCAGGAGCAGAUAGCGGCCGCUCAGCAGACUCAGGCUUACAUGCCGCCGCCAGCACUCCCAACGCCAACAAUUCAGACCGUGCCGACACCGACGAUCGAGAAGACUGGCUUCAAGCUCUCACUGGGUGGUAACAAGCGCAAAGCGAGUGUCGAUCUUAGCAGUCCCAAGAUUGCCAAAAUUCCUAAGCAGACGCGGCCGGUGGUGCUCAAUCUCGGGUUGAAGGCCUCCAAAAAGGCGCAAGAGAUUAUAUCUUCGCCACGGCAGCCUGGACGUGGACCCUUCGCAUCUCCUCAUGCACCAAGCCGCAAGAACUCACAGGAGCCGUCUCGACCGCUCACGUCUGCAUCGCCGCAGCCACCGACACCUCAAGCGCAACCUCAACCGCUAAACUUCAAUCAGCCGGCAGGACAGAACGGAUUCCCUGCCAAUUCGCCGCCUCCUCUGCUCUCGCUGACCGGCUUGACGGGAACAGGCUCGAGUUUGCCUUCAUUGAGCAUGUCACCGCCCGCUACAACAGGAGAUCCUAAUGCGAUGGGCCCACCAAAGAAGAAGCUCACCCUCAAGUUAUCGGCCAAACCGAACCAGAGUCAGUGA